AAAAAGAAAACAAAGUUUAGACCUAAGGUCUCUAACCUCUACCUCUAAACUCUAUAUUAAAAUAAUAAAUUAUUGCUACGUGUUUAAAAAUCAAAGCGUUGAUGUAGUGUUUUAUUUAUUUGGCCCCAAUUAACGUUCACCCAUCGUUAAAAACUAAUUAGAUAGGUAGGUAUAUUUUUCAAUGGAAUUGGUUAAAUAAUUCUCUUUAAAAUCUCUAUUAUAGGAAACAUUAAUUAAUCUACCGUGAAUCACAACUACAAAAAGUAUAUUGUAUAAGACGUGAUAACGGAAUAGUUAAACGAGAUGUUGGAAUUAUUUAUUUCGACUCAUGCUUUAUCACUUCACAACAGACUUAGUAAUCGACCGCUAGCUCGUGAGGCACAAUGUCGAUGUUUAUAUUUAGUAUCGUUUACAUGUUACAUGUGUUAUUCUAUAUAAUUGUGACUUUAUUUCUUUUUAUCAUUGGAUUUCGGCUUUAUUUCCAACCAGUGAAAGAAGUGUGUAGAUGUAAGACGAAGCUUAACGGGAAGGUGGCUCUAGUGACGGGAGGGAACUCGGGCAUCGGGCUGGAGACGGCCAGGGAGCUGGCGAGCCGCGGGGCGAAGGUCAUCAUAGCGAGUAGAGACGUCGCCCGGUCCGCGGCAGCCGUCAGCGACAUCAUCAGCACCACGGCCAACCCGCACGUACAUCACAAACACCUGGACCUCUCCAAAUUUAAAAGCGUUAGGCAGCUCGCCGAAGAUAUCAACAAAAGCGCAGAUCCGCUGCAUAUUUUGGUUAACAAUGCUGGAGUCAGCAGUCUAGAGAAUCGUCUCACUGAAGAUGGAAUUGACAGGAUCAUGCAGAUCAAUCAUUUUGGACAUGCUCUGUUAACUCAUUUGUUAUUGGAUAAGUUGAAGGAAUCAGCUCCGAGCCGGAUCGUCGUUGUAUCUUCAUUCCUGCAUUAUUUAACUAAAUUGGAUGUAAAUGAUAUAGCCGCGAAAAAGAAGUCUCAUUACAUGGUGAGGUAUAAUAAUAGUAAGCUAUUAAAUAUAUUAUGGGUGCGAGCGCUCGCCAAGCGGUUACCAAAGGGUGUGACUGUCAAUUGCUUGCACCCUGGUGUGGUGAGCACCAACAUGUUCCAAAAAGUACCACCGUGGCUAGGUUAUAUUGUUGGAAAUUUUGUAGCGAUAUUUUUUAAGGUUCCAAAGGAGGGAGCACAAACGGUCAUACAUUUAUGUCUAAGUCCUGAAUUUGAGAAACAAUCUGGUGCAUAUUAUGUGGAGUGUCAGUUAAGAAAACCUUCGAAAGUGGCACAAGAUGAGGAUUUAUCGGAAGCUGUAUGGCAGAAAACUAUCGAGUUGAUCAAACAAUGAUUUUGUACAAUUAAUUGGAUCUAUAAUAUGUGAGAUAUUAAUAGGUAUGUACGGCUCUACGAGGUCAUUGAUAGUCAUAUCAAGGGACUUAUUAUUGUUAUAUUAACUUAAUUGUUGUUAAAUUGUUCAUGUUAUAACAAUAAUAAUUAAUAAUGUGUAUAUACUUAGAUAUAUAAAAGUUAAUCAUUAUGUUUAGUUUAAGGUUAUUGAUUUGUUCUUAGAAAUUAUCUAAGCAAUAAAUAUUUUACUGUAAAAAUAUGUGUUAAUAACAUAUCUAGGUAACACACACAGAUAAUUUUGUUAUUUUGAGACGAAUAAAUGUUUUUUUUUA